UACCGGAAGAUUUCUGGGGACACUUGUAGUGGAGGAGAUGUUGAAGCACGACUGGAAGGAGAACUGGUCCCUUGUCCCCUGGCAGAAGAGAACGAGUUCAUCCUGUAUGCUAUGCGAAAGUCCAUCCACCGUUAUGACCUGGCCUCAGGAACCACGGAGCAGUUGCCUCUCACCGGGUUGCGGGCAGCCGUGGCCUUGGACUUUGACUAUGAACGCAAUUGCUUGUAUUGGUCUGAUCUGGCCCUGGAUGUCAUCCAGCGCCUCUGUUUGAACGGGAGCACAGGGCAAGAGGUGAUCAUCAAUUCUGGCCUGGAGACAGUAGAAGCUUUGGCUUUUGAACCCCUCAGCCAGUUACUUUACUGGGUGGAUGCAGGCUUUAAAAAGAUUGAGGUAGCUAAUCCAGAUGGUGACUUCCGACUGACAAUUGUCAAUUCCUCUGUGCUUGAUCGGCCCAGGGCUCUGGUCCUUGUGCCUCAAGAGGGGGUGAUGUUCUGGACAGACUGGGGAGACCUGAAGCCUGGGAUUUAUCGGAGUGAGAUGGAUGGUUCCGCGGCCUAUCGUCUUGUGUCAGAGGAUGUGAGGUGGCCCAACGGCAUCUCUGUGGACAACCAGUGGAUCUACUGGACAGAUGCCUACCUGGAUUGUAUUGAGCGGAUCACGUUCAGUGGCCAGCAACGCUCAGUCAUCCUGGACAACCUCCCACACCCCUACGCCAUUGCUGUCUUUAAGAAUGAAAUCUACUGGGAUGACUGGUCCCAGCUCAGCAUAUUCCGAGCUUCUAAAUACAGCGGGUCCCAGAUGGAGAUUCUGGCAAGCCAGCUUACAGGGCUGAUGGACAUGAAGAUUUUCUACAAGGGGAAGAACACUGGAAGUAAUGCCUGUGUGCCCAGACCGUGCAGCCUGCUGUGCCUGCCCAAGGUCAACAACAGUAAAAGCUGCAGGUGUCCAGAAGGUGUGUCCAGCAGUGUGCUCCCUUCUGGGGACCUGAUGUGUGACUGCCCUCAGGACUAUCAACUGAAGAACAACACCUGUGUCAAAGAAGAGAACACCUGUCUCCGUAACCAGUAUCGCUGCAGCAAUGGGAACUGUAUCAACAGCAUUUGGUGGUGUGACUUUGACAACGACUGUGGAGACAUGAGCGAUGAGAGGAACUGCCCCACCACUAUCUGUGACCUGGACACCCAGUUUCGUUGCCAGGAGUCUGGGACUUGUAUCCCACUCUCCUAUAAAUGUGACCUUGAGGAUGACUGUGGAGAUAACAGUGAUGAAAGCCAUUGUGAAAUGCACCAGUGCCGGAGUGAUGAAUACAACUGCAGCUCUGGCAUGUGCAUCCGUUCCUCCUGGGUGUGUGAUGGGGACAACGACUGCAGGGACUGGUCUGACGAAGCCAACUGUACUGCCAUCUAUCACACCUGUGAGGCCUCUAACUUCCAGUGCCGCAAUGGACACUGCAUCCCCCAGCGGUGGGCAUGUGAUGGUGACACGGACUGCCAGGAUGGUUCUGAUGAGGAUCCAGUCAACUGUGAGAAGAAGUGCAAUGGCUUCCGCUGCCCCAAUGGCACUUGCAUCCCAUCCAGCAAACAUUGUGACGGUCUGCAUGAUUGCUCAGAUGGCUCAGAUGAACAGCACUGUGAGCCCCUCUGCACACGCUUCAUGGACUUUGUGUGUAAGAACCGCCAGCAGUGCCUGUUCCACUCCAUGGUGUGUGAUGGAAUCAUCCAGUGCCGUGACGGGUCCGAUGAGGAUGCGGCAUUUGCGGGAUGCUCCCAAGACCCCGAGUUCCACAAGGUCUGUGAUGAGUUCGGUUUCCAGUGUCAGAAUGGAGUGUGCAUCAGCUUGAUUUGGAAAUGCGAUGGGAUGGAUGACUGCGGCGAUUAUUCUGAUGAAGCCAGCUGUGAAAACCCCACAGAAGCCCCCAACUGCUCUCGCUACUUCCAGUUCCGGUGUGAGAAUGGCCACUGCAUCCCCAACAGGUGGAAAUGUGACCGGGAGAACGACUGUGGGGAUUGGUCUGAUGAGAAGGACUGUGGAGAUUCACAUAUUCUUCCCUCUCCGACCCCCGGGCCUUCCACGUGUCUGCCCAAUUACUACCGCUGCAGCACCGGGACUUGCGUGAUGGACACCUGGGUGUGCGAUGGGUACCGAGAUUGUGCAGACGGCUCAGAUGAGGAAGCCUGCCCCUCGCUUGCAAAUGGCACUGCCGCCUCCACUCCCACUCAGCUUGGGCGAUGCGACCGAUUUGAGUUCGAGUGCCACCAACCAAAGAAGUGUAUCCCCAACUGGAAGCGCUGCGAUGGCCACCGAGAUUGUCAGGAUGGCCGGGACGAGGCCAACUGCCCCACGCACAGCACUUUGACCUGUGUGAGCAGGGAGUUCAAGUGCGAGGAUGGCGAGGCCUGCAUCGUGCUCUCAGAGCGCUGCGACGGCUUCCUAGACUGCUCAGACGAGAGUGAUGAGAAGACCUGCAGUGAUGAGUUAACUGUAUACAAAGUACAGAAUCUUCAGUGGACGGCUGACUUCUCUGGGGAUGUAACUUUGACCUGGACACGGCCCAAAAAAAUGCCCUCUGCUUCCUGUGUAUAUAACAUUUACUACAGGGUGGUUGGAGAAAGCAUAUGGAAGACUCUAGAGACCCACAGCAAUAAAACAAACACUGUGUUAAAAGUCUUGAAACCAGACACCACAUAUCAGGUUAAAGUACAGGUUCAGUGUCUGAGCAAGGCACACAACACCAAUGACUUUGUGACCCUGAGGACUCCAGAAGGAUUGCCUGAUGCCCCUCGAAAUCUCCAGCUGUCACUCCAUAGGGAAGCAGAAGGUGUGAUUGUGGGCCACUGGACUCCUCCCAUCCACACCCAUGGCCUCAUUCGUGAGUACAUUGUAGAAUACAGCAGGAGUGGUUCUAGGAUGUGGGCCUCCCAGAGGGCUGCUGGUAACUUCACAGAAAUAAAGGACUUAUUGAUCAACACUCCAUAUACUGUCAGAGUGGCUGCGGUGACUAGUCGUGGAAUAGGAAACUGGAGCGAUUCUAAAUGCAUUACCACCGUAAAAGGAAAAGUGAUCCCACCACCAGAUAUCCACAUUGACAGCUAUGGUGAAAAUUCUCUAAGCUUUACCCUGACCAUGGAGAGUGGUAUCAAGGUAAAUGGCUAUGUGGUGAACCUUUUCUGGGCAUUUGACUCCCAUAAACAAGAGAAGAGAACUUUGAACUUCCGAGGGAAUGUGUUGUCACACAAAGUUGGCAAUCUGACAGCUCAUACGUCCUAUGAGAUUUCUGCCUGGGCCAAGACUGACUUAGGGGAUAGUCCUCUGACAUUUGAACAUGUGAUGACCAGAGGGGUUCGCCCACCUGCUCCUAGCCUCAAAGCCAAGGCCAUCAAUCAGACGGCAGUGGAAUGCACCUGGACUGGCCCCCGGAAUGUGGUUUAUGGCAUUUUCUACGCUACAUCCUUUCUUGACCUCUAUCGCAACCCGAAGAGCUUGACUACUUCACUCCACAACAAGACAGUCAUUGUCAGUAGGGAUGAGCAGUAUUUGUUUCUGGUCCGGGUGGUGAUACCCUACCAAGGGCCAUCCUCUGACUACGUUGUUGUGAAGAUGAUCCCAGACAGCAGGCUUCCACCUCGUCACCUGCACGCAGUUCAUAUCGGCAAAACCUCAGCUGUCAUCAAGUGGGAGUCACCAUACGACUCUCCUGACCAGGACUUGCUGUACGCAAUUGCAGUUAAAGAUCUAAUAAGAAAGACCGACAGGAACUACAAAGUCAAAUCCCGCAACAGUACUGUGGAAUAUACUCUCAAUAAGUUGGAACCUGGAGGGAAAUACCAUGUCAUUGUCCAAUUGGGAAACAUGAGCAAAGAUUCCAGCCUAAAAAUUACCACAGUUUCAUUAUCAGCACCUGAUGCCUUAAAAAUCAUAACAGAAAAUGACCAUGUUCUUCUGUUUUGGAAAAGUCUAGCUUUAAAGGAAAAACAUUUUAAUGAAAGCAGGGGUUACGAGAUACGCAUGUUUGAUAGUGCCAUGAAUAUCACAGCUUACCUUGGGAAUACUACUGACAAUUUCUUUAAAAUUUCCAACCUGAAGAUGGGUCACAAUUACACUUUCACUGUCCAAGCAAGAUGUCUUUUUGGCAGCCAGAUCUGCGGGGAGCCUGCUGUCCUGCUGUAUGAUGAGCUGGGUUCUGGUGGAGAUGUGUCGGCGAUUCAGGCUGCCAGAUCGACGGAUGUUGCCGCCGUGGUGGUGCCCAUCUUGUUCCUGAUACUGCUGAGCCUGGGGGUCGGGUUUGCCAUCCUGUACACAAAGCAUCGGAGGCUGCAGAGCAGCUUCACUGCCUUUGCCAAUAGUCACUACAACUCCAGGCUGGGGUCAGCAAUCUUCUCCUCAGGGGACGACUUGGGGGAGGAUGAUGAAGAUGCUCCUAUGAUAACUGGAUUUUCAGACGAUGUCCCCAUGGUGAUAGCCUGAAAGAGCUUUCCUCACUAGAAACCAAAUGGUGUAAAUAUUUUAUUUGAUAAAGAUAGUUGAUGGUUUAUUUUAAAAGAUGCACUUUGAGUUGCAAUAUGUUAUUUUUAUAUGGGCCAAAAACAAAAACGAAACGAAAAAAAAGGAAAGAAAGGAAUGAAUAAACUUUGUAGUAAUCAACUGUGAACUUCAAACCAGGUUGAUUUUAGUAACCAAAUUGCUUUGAUUUGACAUUAAUGUAGUCUUACAGGGCUGUGCUUGCUGGGCAUGCUUUUAAGUCUGUGAGAUAAUUUUGGUUCAGUAAAUCGGCCAUUCUUUUUAUUUUUCUAAGACACAGAAAUGUAUUUAAUAAAAACCUCAAGAGAGAUUUUGUUUUGAUUCAGUUUAUAGGGAAGUGUUUGGGUGUAUUAUGGGGGACGGUUCUUUUAUGUUAUUUUGUUAAUUUAUUGGGACUCUGUGUAAGGCCAGGCUUUAGUGGUCAUCAGGCACUGCAUGUGCUAUGAGCCUCUCACCCAGAGGGUGGGGGUGGUGAACAGAAGCAUUUUUGUUGCCGUCUCGGAAGCAAUCCAUUUGUAUUCACUUGUGUGUCACGUCAUGGUCUUUGGCAGGAGAGAGCACUGAGUCACUGCUGGAUCUCAGUUACACAGAGCUGCAGCUUGGGAAGCCCUGCAAAUCAACAGCUUCCUCUCUUAUAUCAAUUGAUGGCGUUUUCCUGUAUAUGACAAGAUGUAGCUUUGAAAGCUGCAAAUGAUAACUCGGCUUAUAUUAUACACUGGUUUCACUGUCAUUGCAAAAAAUGACUCUGGUUGUGGGAGAGAGUUGUAGAUCUGUGCCAUGAUAGAUACACUGGCCAAGGUAGUAUGUAAUUUUUCCUUUUUUUGGGUUUUUUGUUUUUGCUUACCACUGAAGAAUCUCGAAUGUAAAAUUUUAUAUUUGAAUUGAGGUGGCCACUUACUAUUGUUAAAAGUCCAUACUGAUAUAUGCAGUCAUUUUGAAUUGGGUCAGUGCCUUCUUUCUUUUUUUCUUCCUUUUCUUUCACCUUCUUCACCCAUGCCUCCGCGCAAUCUAAAGAGAAAGUGCUAUACACUCACACGGAGAGAGAGCGGAUCUAAACAUCUGAGACCACUCAAUCCAAUUGACAACAGCAGGAGUGCUAGAAUUUGUUCCAUUUAUUCUCUCUAAAAAACACGCUGUGCAUUUUUUCCUCUGCCUUUAAAAUGCCAUCCCCCUAUAUUCAAAUCGUGGCCACUUGAUAGUUAUGUAGAAUCCAUUGUGGACUGAUAUGCCCACACUUUAGACUUAGUGUUGUAGGCACCGAUGUCGAGCAUUGUUGUGACUUGUACUGUAGGAACCUCACUGCAGAAUUCCCUCACAGCUGAGAAGCAGUGAGCUCUGGGAAUAUUCCAAAGCCAGGCCUCUGAAUAUGUAUCCUUUAUAUGCAAACUCUGCAAAACCCCAUCCCCCUUAGAUGCAGCGCGUCACUUUCUCACAGGUGUUUGGUUUCUUUUGACCAAAAGUAUCAUUCUUGGGUGAUCAUCUAGUUUCAUUCUACCUAGGGGUUGUUUGGAAAACCAAGAAAGAGCCAAUUACAGUUUUUUUAGUUUUUAACAUUUUUAUUUAUAAAUAUAUAUAUUUUCAACUUAGACAUUUAGCAUGCCACGAGGGUAGGGCUCUACUUCUUUUUAACAAGUGGAGGUAACGAUAAGCCUUCUCCCAGCAUAUUUUCUCUUCUUUCCUAUCACUUUCCUUUUUAUUUUUUUAAAGACUGGAAUUUUUUUGCCUUUGUCUUGUCUUACGUUGGAGUUUCGUGCAAAACUCUACCUACCACCUUCCCUUUAAUAAGCUCUUUACGUAGCUGAAAGAUUAACAGUCUGGUGGGAGGCAAGUCACUUAAUUGAACCACUAGAAAGUGUAUUUUCUUCUUUUCUUUUUCUGCCAACUUUUUGGUGGCAUUUGUAAAAAGCUGAUAUAAAAGGCUCUGAGAUGUUAUUUUCAAUUAUUCCAUAGGCAAGCCUUUUUACGGAGCAUAUGUCUCCAGUUGGCAGCUUGAGAUAUUUUCAAGCAUCCAGUCUAGUUACCAGUGCCUGCCACUGCUUAGUGCACAGUACUGUACAGACCGGCCAUCACCCCUCUCCUUGGAAAAUGCCACUGUGCUGUUUGAAAAAAAGCAGCCUUUUAGGGCUAGAGUAUUUUAUAUAAACAGAAGAGCUAAGUUUCUGAAGACUAAGCUAGAUAGAUGCAGCUAUGUGUAAAUUGUAUAUUUUUAUGAACUUUUGAAGCACGCACUCCUUUUUCCCUCUGCAUAGCUUUGUGGGGAUCUGAUGUGUAUAUGCUGCCUGCAAGAGUCCAGAGGUUGGAGUGACAAUAGGAAAUGGACACAAAUCCUGCAUGCAGCUUUUGAAGGUGACCAGACGACUCUUCACUGUGACUAGUUGGAGCCCCUGGUUGCUUGUGAAGAAGGGGCUUUUGUACCUUGUUGGAGAUGCCACCUCCAAAGUUCACACUGUGCAGGGAAAAGGUUUUAUUCUCUCCCAGAGUAUGUUUGAAUGUCAGAUGCCUGCAUCCAUGUGGACCACAAUGGGCCUCUAACAUUUGGUCUCGAAACCACCCCCUCAAAACACAGGAGGAUUGUGUGUGGGUUUAUCUGGAAGCUGACUUUGUUCUUAGAUGUAGUGAAUGCUCCUUGAGCUUUGAGAUACGGGUCCAUGUGGACAUGUGGAUAAAAUGUGAGAAUGGAGUUCUAGAGAAGAUUCCAGGGAGAGGCCAUGUCUAUGCAGACCUGUUUCUAAACAGGUGAAAAGUUCCAGUAACCACUGGCUGCCCUGGCAAGCUGGAUAAAUAGUUAUGAUUCUAGGUAAAUGGUUGAAACUUCUGACCUUUGGAAAAGUGGUUUCUGGGAUUCCACCCUGGUAGUAAUCACAGGGAUGUUUCAGUGAGGGACAGAUGGGGGGCGCACAGCUGCAUUUUCUCUUCUGCCCACCAUGUGUGGCCCCCUAGAUUAAGCUAUACUCAACAAUUUAUGGAAUGUAACCCUUCUCAAAACAGUGGCCAUUUUGGGGGGAACUUGGGAGAGCAAUGGUGGGGUGAGUCCCUUAUAGAUAAACACACCUUGGAGAACUCUGCCUUUAGAUACCUACUCCGUGGUCACUCCAUCUAGUAAGAUUACAUUUCCAGUACUUUCUUAAGGGCAGGAACUCCAUCUUGUCAGAUUUGGUUGACCUGUUUCCCACGAAGGGAAUGUUGGUGAAUUCCCUAGAAGUCUCUUCCUUCAUUUGGGAAGGGGGUGCCUAGCAAAGAGAUCCAGAGAUAUAACCAAACUGAACACCAUCCCCAUAUAGAUUUUAGGAAUUGACUCAAAAACUGUGUAGACUCCUGUGUUGGGGCUGUAUCUUGACAUUCCUAUUAUGCUAUUUUUCUUAACUGGAGUGUGUGCUGCCUUUCAGGUACAAUUUUUGUGUAAUAAAAGCCAGUGCAUUAAGUUUAUAUAGACUACUUUCUAUGCAAGACUGAGAUAUGGAAUAGACAGCAAGAAAUAUGUACUGUUGGGUACACAGACAAGAGAUACCACCACUGAACGUGGGUUGAGGGAGGAUGGGUUGUAUAUAUGUUUCUGCCCGCUAAUUUUGAGCAGCCGUAUUAUGAAUUAAGUCAUCCGAGCCAAGUAAUAACCCAAGAAUGGUAUGAGUUUCAUGCGUAAUAGCUCAAAUGGAAUAAGCAUGAAUGCUGAAGUGGAACAUUAUCCUCAGAUAUUCCAUGUCACUUCUCAUUUAAAGACUCUUGUUAUGAAUUAUUAGAAAUGUUAGGCAAAAUCAAAAAUAUUUGCAGCAAAAUAAAGGCCUAUUCUGCUCUUAUUUAAAGUGAAACACUGUAUACUUGUUUCUCUCCAAAGUGAAAUUAGGUAUUUAUAAUUUCAAUUGCCUCGAUAAGUUUCCAAGUCACUGAUUUCUGCUGAAGAUUUUACUAUAUUGUUGCACAAUUUUAAGAUAAUUUUUGUCUCAAUGUCAACUUUUUUCACUGAAUAAAAAUUUAACGGGGUCAAGAAAAUGCCUGUUUGAAAACCCACUCUCUCUGUGUGUCUUGAGUUGUUCUUUUGAGUGCAAUAAAGAUAGCUAAUGCAGUCUCCAAA